UACAUGUUAUAUUUAACUUCCUCCUCUGAUUAGACCUAACCAUUCAGAGUGAUCGAUAUGAACUUCAGAUGUAAACCAUUACUUCUAAGGACUCGGUAUUUAUGAAAUAUCUUCUGUUUGAUAUUUAAUUGUGGGCAUAUACUGGAUAUAUGUGUUUGAUGCUAAAUAUUUAAAUCAUUUCUUUGGUGUCAGGUAUCUAGUGACGUAUACAUAGUUAUAGACUGAUCCAGUAAACAGUAACACUAUUUAUAUCGUUGCUUUUCAACUCAAGAACUAAUAAAUUUUACUUAUUAUUUUCAAAUCUUUGUUUUCGUACUAAAACGUUGCGAAAAACUAUAUCUUAACAGAAACACACUGAAGUGUAUUGAAUUCAACAAGGAUAAAUUUUUCAACUCAAAUUACAAAAUGGCGACAAACUCUCCCGUUGCAAAACGAGAACGUAUAAUUAGAGACUACAUUUGCAUCGGAUGCCAGAAACUAUAUAUUGAGGAAACUGCAGAGAUGUAUUGUGAACAGUGUAAAGAGAUUUAUUGUACAAUGUGUGCUCGAUUCCAUCUUAAAAUACAUCCUUUACAUGUCACAUGUGGAAAGGAAGACAUUGGAUUGUUCCAAACGUGUGGAAAACACAAUGAUGCAAAACUUACAAAAGUUUGCAAUAAUCACAGCCAGCUGUGCUGUACUGAAUGUUUGGUUGAUCACAGACUGUGUGGUGACAUAACGAACAUUUCUAAGUCAGUUAAAAAGCUACUAGAUUUGCAUCAACUUCAAGAUAUUCUCGACAAAAUAAGGAUUCUUCAAGACAUUCGUGGACAGCAAUUAAAAGUUAAUGAAUUGGAUCAAGAAAUAGAUGCAUGUAUAACACAAUUUGAAAAUAACCCUUUGACAGAAAGCAGUGGACAUGAGCAAACCAUGCAAAGCGUGCGUCUGAAAAUUAAUGUCAUUUUAACUUAUUUUAAAACUUCGCUUGAUCAAACAUAUGACCCGCUUAUAAAGCUACACGUAUCUGACAGGAUUGAUAUUGAUAACUGCCUUAUGUUUCAAAAGGAAUUGAAUAACAUUUUGAAUUUAAAACAAUUGCAUGAUAAAGACAAUCAGACUUGCCUAGACACAAUUCAACAGUCAAAAAUCUUUCUUAAAGACUAUUUUCCAGACCUCGUAUUCACUUAUUUUAACUGCGGGAAUAUGAUUUUAUCAGAUAAUUGGUUAUUCAGCUACAAUAUCUCAGCUAUCUGUACUUUUCCUGAUGGUUGGAUGAUUGUGGCAGACAGAAGCCAAACAAACGUAAAGCUGCUCGACAAUCAAUUUAAUAUCGUCAGUCGCUGUGAUGUGUCUGCUAUGCCACGUUAAAUGUGUCGAAUCACUACUAGCACAGUGGCUGUGACUGUAGGUGGAGACAGUACUAACAUUAAUGAAGUCCAGUUUAUCGAAAUCCGCAAUUGGCAGCUAAAGAUGGUCAGGAAUAUAAAUUUACAACAUGAAUGUAUUGGUAUUGCCUACCACCAGUACCACCUGUAUGUCGCAUCGGGCACUGCACUUUAUAGGCACACGCUGAAUGGUAAUCUGGUUCGCACGUUGUACGAUGAUCCGUCAGGUAAAAAAACAGGUAAGAAUCAUUCAGCAUUUACACUGUUAGCAUAACCAUUAAAUAUUGUUAGGUAAUUUAGAACGAUAUAGACGUGAAAUGUGUAGUUGCUGAUGUUCUAAAUAUAUUAAUACAAUAGAUCAGAACUAUUUCAAAAGAUAUCUUAAACCGCAGUUAAUAUAUAAAAAAUGUAAUUUUUUUCAAUUUUGUCUUUAAUUUUGAAGACAUAAACAAUUAAGCUGGAUUAUAUCAUAUCUAUUAUUGAUUUCUCAACUUUAUUAACCUUCAUAUGAGUGGCUUGAUGAUAAGUUCUGUUUCUUCUAUUAAAAAAUCCAAUUAAUAUCAUUGGUGAGUGCUAUGGGAAAACAUAUAUGUUUUUUUUUAAAUAAAAUAAUUAUUUUAUUUUUGUCAAUAAAGAAUAAUGUAUUAGGCAAUACAUCCAAGCUAUUUUUUUUGGUACUUUAAAUUAUUUGUUUUCCGUACAGACAUACCAAUGAUCUUUAAUGUUGAGAUAUUAAAUUUGGAUAUACUAACGUAGAUCUUUCAAUCAGUUUAAGAUUUAUAAUUAAGUCAAUUAUUAAUAUAUUAUUGCUGAUGAAACAAUACAAAAUAUUUACAGAUCGUACGUUCUUAGUAAUAUUUAGAGAUAAUGAAAUACAUGAUAAAAAAUAACGUGUAAUUUACUAUCCUGCUUACAAAAUAUUUUAAAGAUGGCUGGUAUUAGUGUAAAUACAGAUUGUAGUCACGUUAAGUCGAAAUAACACUUGUUUCAUCUCCAAAUGUAUAUGCAGAAAUGAUCGUUGUUGAAAUAAUUAACUUCUGUUACAUUAAAAAAACUGCAAUUAUUCCAAGUAUACAUCUUCGUAAUUCGAUCUGUUUUUUUUCACUGUGCAUUACUUAUCAUUACUGAGAUACACAGCUCUACAUAGCAAGCUUUGUACAAUAGAGUGUACAUCUUGUCAACAAUCGCACACUUGCAUAACUUUUAUUUUAUCUGAUCCGCUUACCAAUUUUCUUAUCAGAAAAAAUAUGAUCCUCUUGUAAGUAUUAAGUCAAUGGUUGAUAAGAUUUAAAUCAAAGUGAACAUAGAUUAAAUGUUCCGUUGGUGUACUUUUCUCUUUAAAUUUUGAACUAUUUUCAGUACCUUACUUUAUAAUGAAUUCUAGGCUAGGUGUGUCUCUUUGUAAUCAUGUAAUCCUGUUUAAGCCCAAAAACUUUACGUAUGUAAUACGCUCGCGAUCUGAAGGAAUUAUAUAAACUAUUUCAAUAAAGAUUUGAUGUAAUUCACGUCCAAUCUGGACCGCGGUAUAACCUUUAAACAUGUGUACAUUAUCUAGACCUCCACACAGAGAUAUGACGCAUUUUCAUACUGUUUUCUUGAUAUUUAAAACAUAUGAAAAACCAUGUAUGUAAUAAUAAACAAACAUGUGUUUGUAUUUAAAUGAGCUAUUUGUUCACUUACCACACACGCCAAUGUUGCUAUGUUUGUUCCAUUGUAUAAGCUAAACGUGUACGAUAAAACAUAUCUUAUCAUCUAAAAACAAAUAUUAAAUUCACAUAUUUUCCUCAUUCAUCGUCUUUAUUCUGUGUUUGUUUAAGAUGAUAGAGAAUCGGUUUUAUUGUGCAGUCUGCUGGUAAUGAGCAUACUUGGAUCACGUAUGGCACUUGGAUAACAGAGAAAAACAAAAGCCACGCGCGAAAAUACGUUCAUUAUUUUUUUAAAUGUGUAUCCUUUAUAUUAGUUUUGAGAUACGGUACAUGGUCAGGAUGAUAGAAAUUAUAUCAUGUUGUCUUAUGAAGGAAAAGGUAAUGUAUAUACAUGUAUUUGCAAUAAAUGAGAAAAUUCCAUCGGAAAACAGCAUAAAUUGAAUUAUCAGUAAUUAUUUCUAUACAAUAAACAUACUUCGAAAUAUAGCAAUACCGGUACAGCGUUUGCUAUUCCACCAUGUAGAGUAAUUUCGGUGCUUCAAAACGUAAGUUUUGACUAAACUAACUGUAACUAAACGAAAUAUGAACGAAGAUAGAGCAUGUUUCAAUAGCCGGUAUGCAUGAUGUUGUUGACAAUUCGAUUCCCAAUCAAGUGAAUGUCGGAUAACGGAAACUCUAAGCAAAUUGGGCACUCUGAUAUCCGAGUAAUUCUUUUUAAAAUGCGUUUUUGUUACUAUUAUGACCAAUGUUUUUGCUAUUCCAGGAUGUAGAAUAAGUUCUGUGCUUUAAGAACUGAAAUUUUGAUAGUAUUCAAUGAAAUAUGAACGAAGACAAAUCUGGCGCUGAUGUGUAGUAGACCGGCGAUAGUACCAGUGUGGUAACAAGAAAGCAGGCAUCGAGGGAAAUGUAUAUAAGCUUCAACGUUACAAUCGACGUAAGAAAAAUAAAUUGAAACUGAACCCUUAAGGGGUCAGAUUUAAAUGCCCAAUAUGUGCCUUCUUUGAAUACGCCCUGACAAACAAAAUCAUGCUCAUAUUCAAAAGGGAUAAGAAAAAUGAAGCAAAUUUUCGAUCAAUCGUUUUUCAUUUACGUCAGUAUAGACAAGUAUUGCCUGCAUACUAUAGCAGUAUUAAAAAAUGCAUUUCUAGUGCACUAACAAUUGUGUGUCAUAUCUGUUUUCGGAUAAUCGGGCACAGAAGUGCCAUUGUCAUUUAGGUGAUUGGCUUAAAAAAUGUUCAUACAAAUGUGGCAUUGGACUUUUAAACAUUUGAAUUUCCUCAAAUACAUCAGUUAACUACAAAUUUAACAUGUCACAUUUAUAGAAAUAUUGAUCUUUUAUUUCGUAUUGUAGAAAAGUUCUUUGACUAAUUUCUAAGUAUGUUUUUAUAUAUGCACUGAUCAUCCACUUCAUGCUGAUUUUCGAUGGAAUUAUACCGUCUUUUAUCAUAAAGUCAACCGUUUUCCCGCGAUUUUCUUUCUUCUCAAAACAAAGUGUUAUCAUUAAUCGGUCAAAAAAGGUCCGUGCAUGAAAAAUUAAUAAAUCAAUCUUUCUGUUGUUUGUUUUAAAUAUAUUUAUUAUUACUACCGCUGCACCGGAUUGGCGUUCCUAAUGCGUUCCUAAGGCGAUCCAGCACGUGUUUGAAUCUAUGAUGACGCCGUGAAGUCCUCUUGAAAAUGCAUGGAGCCGCCUGACAAACGUCAAUAACACCGACGGUGGCGACCUUACGCGGUCGCUGUAUGGUCGUAGAACAAUCGGAAUGCUUACGUAAAGGUCGCAGUAAAGCUGGAAAAGACGCGUCAAUAACGUGGAGAGGACUCCGUGACAAUUCCGAUGUACGCAUGGACGCUUAGAGAUUGCAGUAUGAACGUAGUGAAUACGCAUAGGACGUCGUGGGCACGCCGCGUACAGAUACAACAGACAGCAGGAUCCCUGGCGCAAUAGUUUACGGAGCUUGUUCCAGUACCGUAGCAUGGAACGCCAACAUCGGUAUACACUUGGAAUCCAUCCGGUGUCUCCGAUCAUUCCGAGAACUGGAGUGAAACGGUGAACGCCGAAAAAAUAUCGCAUGGCUCUGUUUUUGCCGUUGUCAAUUGGUUGACACUGUUUAUAAUCCAAAACUGAAGAUCAGUUAUCAAUAAUCGGUAAGACACGAAGCUGUAUAGUUAAUCAAACUUUGUGAAACUCAAGUCCUUUAGGUGAUGCACUUUUAAAUAAUUCCACCCAGUGCGCGUCCAGCUGCUUUACCUUGAAUGUCACAAUUAUGGGACUUUUGGGAAUCAGUGCUUGUGUCUGUCUGUGUGAAUGUCCUGAUGUUCGUCUUUGCUGGACGUCUGUCUUAGCCAUAAAUGUACAAAAUAGUUAUUGCCCUUUAAAAAGCAUGACACAAAUGAAAACCAUAAAGAAGACAACGAGUAACCUGUACACAAUCUCCGCUGCCUGAAAAGUCAAGGUCAAACUUAUAGAUCAAAUGUCACAUUUUAAAACAAAUGUGCAAUCUACUAUUACUACUACUUUAUUUACUACUACUAUUUCUACUACCACCACCACCACAACAACAACCACUGCUACUACUACUGCUACUGCUACUGCUACUUCUACUACUACUACUACUACUACUACUACUACUACUACUACUACUACUACUACUACUACUACUACUACUACUACUACUACUACUUCUACGACUAUGACUACGACUGCGACUACUACUACUACUACUACUACUUCUACUACUACUACUACUACUACUACUACUACUACUACUACUACUACUACUACUACUACUACUACUACUACUACUACUACUACUACUACUACUACUACUAUUACUACUACUUCUACUACUACUACUACUACUACUACUACUACUACUACUACUACUACUACUACUACUACUACUACUACUACUACUACUACUACUACUACUACUACUACUACUACUACUACUACUACUACUACUACUACUAC